GAUUAGUAGAGAAUGUUUCUUUAAAAUAGCUGUCAGUUGCGUUUUUUUUAAAGUAAAAUGUCAAAAUUAAAAGAAAAUUAUAAAUCACCUAAUCUAUAUUUGCUUGUAUUCGUUUGUUUUGAAAUAAUAACUAGUGAAUGUAGUAUUAAAUACUAUCAAAACAAUAUGCAUGAUAACAUUGCAAACGAUGAAUUCUCGAAGGUAGAUUUGACAAAGGUCGCUGCCUUACAGCAAAAGCGUACUCUAGCUUUUGUUAACCAUUUUGUUACAACAACUGUACAGUUCUUGAACAACUUUAUGAAACGAUGUGACCAUAAGCUGAUGAAUUUUGAAAAAAAGUUAGAAAAAGUUGAAGCAUCCAUGGUUUUGUUGGAAGCGCGUUUAUCCUCAAUACCAGAGAUAAACACAACACAAGCUAAAGCUCAAGAACAACCCACAGACGACACAGCAAAUACAGAAGUUGCAAAUACACAAUCCAACAAGACUUCAGUUGAUAACACAGAUGAAGAAAAAUCUAAAGAUGUGCCUGCGACUGUUACAAUACCACCAGAGUAUGAGAAAUUCAUAAAAAUGGUGCAAGUCGGAGUGCCCUUGCAAGCUGUGAAACUAAAAGCUGGAAUUGAGGGCUUGAACACUGAUCUUUUGGAGAAGAUUCUCAAUAAAUAAGUGUGGGUGUCAUGUUAGGGAUGAUCAGACUUGAGCAAGACCUAGGAAGACUUUGCCUAUAGAAUUUAUAUGAACAUAAGAACAGUUAACCAUACAUAUUUUUGGUUCUUAUAAAGCUUUGUGCAUUAGAAGAGAUGCAAACAUAGUCUAUAUUUUCACGAAGGUGUAGAGGGGUGAGGUCUUAUCGAGAUGUAAGGAACAAGUUAUUUUAACAAUGGGCACCGCCUCAAAACUGAAGAAUGAGGAUCAGAAGAGGGACAGAUACAUUUCACAAAUUCAACUUGAGAAUUGAUCAAUUUAUUUGCAAAAGCAAAUGAGCAAAACAAAUAUUUUUUUUUUGGGAAAUCAUAAUUUUGGGGUUUCAACUUUGAAAAUUUGUCUUACUAAUACUAAAGACUCAGGGAGCCAUGUGAAUGGUACAGAUCUACGCGUUGAAAUUGUAAAUAAAUAAAAUAAAACAGUUAA